CGCUACAGCCGCGACGGUGUCGCCGUGUGGGUGCAGCCGCCGUCGCCGGGCGGCCCCGCCGUGCACCGCAUCAAGUGCCGCCUGGAUGUCUCAGAUGUGCCAGCAGAGACAGUGUAUGACGUGCUGCAUGACAUUGAGUAUCGCAGGAAGUGGGACCUGAAUGUCAUUGACACACAUGACAUUGCCCAGCUUGCCAUCAAUGCUGACGUGGGUUACUAUGCCUGGAAGUGCCCAAAGCCCUUAAAGAACAGAGAUGUGGUGACACUGCGAUCCUGGCAGGUCCUGGAUAACUGCUACAUGAUCAUCAACUUUUCUGUCAAACAUCCGCAAUAUCCUCCACGCAAGGACCUGGUAAGGGCAGUUUCAGUCUUAGCCGGAUAUCUGGUUCAUCCCACUGGGCCAACCAGCUGCACCCUGACUUACCUGGCUCAGGUGGACCCCAAAGGGUCAUUGCCGAAAUGGGUUGUAAAUAAAUCUUCCCAGUACCUAGCACCAAGGAUGCUGAAGAAAUUGCACAAGGCCUGUGUGAAAUAUCCGUCCUGGAAACAGCAACAUGACGUGGGCAUGAAGCCCUGGCUGUACCCUGAGCAGAACAAGCUUCCUACCAUGGCAGUGGCAGACUUGGCACUCCAACGUGCUGCUUCUCUGGAGAACAUUGAUGAGAGCAGCCUGUUGGAAGUGAAGGAUGAAACCGGUGACCACAGUAGCUCCGAGAACUGAUGCUGUUCUGUCGGCUCCUGGGAGGAAUGUCGGAUUGGGCUGUUGCACUGGGCUCCAUAGGAGUUUGCAUUAAAGGGGGGGAAGCAUAUCUUUAUUCUCAGGGUUUGCAGUCUUUUCCUCUUGUGAGCCAAGUGACCAUGUUGGGGGGUCUUUGACCACAGAGACCCCAAACAAGAUGGAAACUGAAUGGAUGAAUUGUGACUGAAUGGGGAUCUGGGAGCACCUGGGGCCUGACAUGGCUACGGUAGCGAUCAAGGUAGGGUAUCCCUUGCUGUGGGUUCUCAGGAACUUAUCAGCAACAUUCAGUAGGAGGGUAUAAGUCUCCUCAGCUCAGCAAUAUUUCUGUGGCAGAGGCAUCUGCUGCCCAUAAUGCUUCUGUGCUGCUUCUGGUGGGGAAUUCUUGCAGGGCCACUGUGGUCUCUACUCACAGAAGCAAAGGAUCCUAUGCUGUUGAAAAUUUGACGGCGUUGGACUCAGUACCUUCCUGCAGAAAUGAGGAAUUGCUCCCCUGCAAAAAUGAGGAAGAGCAGAGAGUAAGCUUGAGCUGGAUGGAAGUGUGACAACAUGACUAAACAAGCAUGCCUACUGCUCCCUGUCAGUCAUGGAACCUGCCUCUAGCGCAAGAGUGAAGAGCAGGAUUGGGAGGAAUGACUAACUGGUGAAGGUGUCCUUCCCUGCUAUAACCUGAAGGCUGCUAGUUAUCUCGGAGUCAAACUAGGCCUCAGCAUCAGAGGCAUACAUUGGCUGGUGCGGGGGGGGCAGGCAACAACAUGGGUGGGAGGGAUCUGAGCUUCUUGAAGUGUUGUGGCAGUAAAACUGAAGAAGGAAUGGAGGCAGAUAAUCUGAGCAAUGGGGAGUAAAAGGAGGAAGUUGCUUGUUCCCAUUAAUAGGAACUGGCAAAGCUGACUGGAGCUACUCUACUCAUAGAGACUGAGUGAGUGGUUUGAAGGGCUAUGUGCUCUUAAUCAGGUCUGUAGAGGUAAGUUGAAGUGCAGCUGUUGUCCCUGGAUAAUACAUUAGUCUCCUGUGUCUCAGCCCCUGCCCGACAGCACUAGGUAGGUGUUGGUUCUGUGUGGCUGGGCGUGGAACUUUGCUGACCCUUUCUCCACUGAUGGUUAUCACUUCUUGAGCAGGCAAGACACUGAAGUUGGAGGCACAGUAAACUUGCAGGCAGUUGUAGCUGGAUUUGUCAAGUGGGACAUUCACCUGCUGCAGGGUUCAUAAUGCCCUUCCACAAACCUGUGCAGCUGUGUCAGAGCUAGCAUCUGGGAGGGCCUUGGUGAGAAACCCUAGUUAACAUCCUUGCUUGUCUCUGCCCUGAGUGAAGGGCUGUAGCUAAUGACAGUGACUGUUCCUUGGGGUACGGGCAGCUGUUAGCCCACACACGAA